CGCACGCGGAGCUGUGGCUGCAGCCGCGUCACCGCUGGGCUGCGUUUACGACGUAAAGCACACGAGCGGCACAUCCUCGGCAGAUACGAACAGGCGCGCACCCGCCUUCAAACGCACAACCAUUUACGCGCAGUGUGUCUGAGCCUGCGAGGCUUCUCCGUUUGACUCCUUCCUCCCGGUGACCGUCGGUUAAUCGUUUAAUAUCGAGGGCAGCUGCAGCGGGGGUGAGACCGAGGAGCCGGUGAGGCGAAUCCUGGAACCCCCACCACUCAUCCGCUCCGCCAAAAUACGACGCACGCGACGCCGCCGCGCGGCUGCUGGGAUCUCGAGCGGCCCGUUAGCCUCCGGUCCCGUCUCCAUUCAGCAGCGCUGCACGUAGCCGUGGGAGAACCCGAGAGCAUCCCUCCAUCCCACCCAGCCUAUCCCCACCCCCCUCCCCUCUUUCUCUCCCCCCUCUCUCUCUCGCUUUCAGCCCCUCUGGACCCGUGCUAUGCCGGAGCUCUAGGGGAGAGAGGAGGGGGGGUCUCAUCAAGCCAGGGACCUGGGGGGGUGGGAGGAAGGAGGCUUUUCGUGGCCGGGGUGUAGACGUACCCUCCGCGUGGCGAGGCGCCUCUGUAUCGGAGGAUGCUGGAAUAGAGCGGCCGAGCGCGGAAGAUGGGAAAGGACCAGGAACUGCUGCAGGCGGUGAAGACCGAGGACCUGCUCACCGUGCAGAAGCUGCUGCAGAGGCCCCGGCCAGGGAAAGCAAAGCUCCUCGGGUCUGCAAAGAAAGUGAAUGUCAACUUCCAGGAUACAGAUGGGUUUUCUCCGCUGCAUCAUGCUGCCCUUAAUGGGAACCUGGAGCUCAUCUCUCUGCUGCUGGAGUCACAGGCUGCUGUCGACAUCAGAGACCAGAAAGGUAUGCGGCCGCUGCACUACGCAGCCUGGCAGGGGAAGGCAGAGCCCAUGAAGAUGCUGCUGAAGUCGGGUUCGUCUGUCAACGGCCAAUCAGACGAAGGACAAAUUCCUCUCCACUUGUCAGCACAGCACGGCCACUACGAUGUGUCUGAGAUGCUGCUGCAGCACCAGUCCAACCCGUGCAUCGUGGAUAACGCAGGGAAAACCCCUCUGGACCUGGCCUGUGAGUUUGGCAGAGUUGGGGUGGUCCAGUUGUUGCUGUCUAGUAACAUGUGCGCUGCUUUGCUGGAGCCCAAAAAAGGAGACACGACCGACCCUAAUGGGACGUCUCCGCUGCAUCUAGCUGCUAAGAAUGGACACAUAGACAUCAUCAGGCUGCUGAUCCAGGCUGGCAUCGACAUAAACAGGCAGACCAAAGCAGGCACUGCCCUGCAUGAAGCUGCCCUCUGUGGAAAGACUGAAGCAGUGAGACUCCUGCUGGAGAGUGGUAUCAAUGCCACUGUGAGAAACACGUACAGCCAGACUGCGCUGGACAUCGUCUACCAGUUCACUGCAACACAAGCCAGCAAAGAGAUCAAACAACUGCUGAGGGAUGCGUCUGCAGCCCUUCAGGUUCGAGCUCUGAAGGAUUACUGCAACAACUAUGACCUGACCAGCCUCAACAUCAAAGCAGGAGAUGUCAUCACGGUUUUGGAGCAGCACCCCGACGGACGCUGGAAAGGCUGUAUCCAUGACAACCGGACAGGAAAUGACCGCGUGGGCUACUUUCCAUCCACCAUGGUGGAGGUCAUCAGCAAACGCACAGGUUUGGCCAGCACAGUCAUUUGCACUCAACAGUUUCAAAAGAUACCGCUGGUUGCCCCGGCGACGGUUGCCCCUGCCAACGCAGUAGUCAACGGCAACGACACCACGUUCCAUCAGAUCCAUAUCCUGCCUCCACCGCCUCCUCCUCCACCACAUUCCCAUCAGCCACUGCUUCCACUUUUCACUUCCUUUGGCUAUAACAGGUCACCCGUGACAAGCCCACAGGGAGACACACCUGCUGCCCCAGGUUGUCGCGGCUCAGAGGCAAGUCCUCAAAGUUCUCCUACCCCGUCCAGCGGGCCCCAUGGAGGCUCCAAUGAAGAGAUCUGGGUACUGCGCAAGCCUGUGGCAGGUGGAGAUCGCAGCAGCGUCGGUAGUUCCGGCAGUGUAACCAGUGUGAGGUCAUCAGGCAGUGGGCAGAGUGCUGGCAGCGCUGCACACAUCCUCCACGCACAGGCUGAGGGGGUUAAGCUUUUAGCCACCGUCUUGUCUCAGUCUGCCAAAGCGAAGGAGCAUCUGAUGGAGCAAUCCAAGUCUGUGGAUCAGCCUCCAGGCUCUGCCAGCUCCUCUCGGACGUCGAGCCAAUCAGGCUGUCCACUCCACGAAGCGCCGCCUUAUGAUGCCACGGCAACCAGGAAGGGGGAGGGUCCAUGCGAGGGGAAGAGCUCAGAGGCCGUUGUCCAAUGGCUGAGCGACUUUCAGCUGCAGGUCUACGCUCCAAACUUCCUGGGCGCUGGGUAUGACUUGCCCACCAUUAGCCGAAUGACCCCGGAGGAUCUGACCGCUAUUGGAAUAACUAAACCAGGUCACAGAAAGAAGAUAACAUCAGAGAUUAACAAGCUAAGUGUUACAGAGUGGCUGCCUGAGCAUAAACCUGCUAGCCUAGGAGAAUGGCUAUCUUCUGUUGGUCUAAGCCAGUACCACCAGAUGUUAGUGCAGAACGGUUACGAGAACAUCGACUUCAUCACGGACAUCACUUGGGAAGACCUGCAGGAAAUAGGCAUCACCAAACUGGGCCACCAGAAAAAGCUAAUGCUGGCGGUGAAGCGGCUGGCUGAAAUGCAGCGCAGUUCAGAUGGGCGGGGCUCCCUCCGAAAGAAGCCCCCACCAAUCACGCAGCAGCAGGAAGUCAUGUCGAUGGAUAGUCCUCCCCCAGAUGAGGUCAUGUCUCCCAAAAUGAGCACCUUCCAGGACAGCGAGCUGAGCACUGAGCUACAGAAUGCAAUGACCCAGCCAGUUCAGGAGGUCAAAGCUCAGCGAACACGCAGCCUCAGCAAAGACCACGAUGAGGUGCUUACAGGCGGAGGAGGAGGUGGAGGUGGGCCACCUAAGAAGGAGGCCCGGACUAUGAGGCAGCAGAGCAGCCAGGGAAGCGCGUCCUCUCACCGAGGCAGUGUAUCCUCACAAGGCAAACAUCGUCACUCUCAUUCUCACUCGCAGCCUGCACCUCCCUACACACCCCCACACACUCCUACCAAGACCAGGACCUCUUCCUCCUCGUCCACAUCAUCUGUGCAGAGCACGUCUUCCCCACAGGCCAAGCCCAAGCCGUCCCCACAGUUCAUCCAGGGGGAAAGACCUCAGUCACCGCGCUCACAUCCUCCUCAGUCUCCAACCCAUCGCGGAGCCCCGUGCCAGCUUCAGCCCCAGCAGCAGCAACCUCAAAUGCCGCCGCAGCACCAGGCUCACCCUCACCCUCAGCACCACCCACAGAUGCAGGCGAUGGAGGUCAGGGAGAGUCAGCAAGUCCCAGUCCUCUGUCUCCCACCAGAGGCAGAGUUAGCAGAGGAAGAAGGACCAAAGAACUCGUCUGUCCAGAAUAAACGCGCUCACACGCUCAACCGAUACGCUGUCUCAGAUAGCGAGUGCGAUGAGAGAGCAGGAGGAAGAGGAGGGGGUGGAGGAGAAGCAGAAGCUGACGUUGUAAGCCAGAGCUCAGCCGCUGUGAGAGGGGAAGGAGGGAAAUACGCCACAGUAACUCACCGAGUCAGCCGUAGUCACUCCGUACGCAAUCAGGAAAAGGGCGCCAACCGAAACCAGAGCCAGUCGUUUGCUCUCCGUCAGAAGAAAAAAGGCCCACCCCCACCACCGCCCAAACGCUCCAGCUCAGCCAUCUCCACCUCCAACUCCAACCUGACAGAUGCCAACACGCAGCCGAAUACGCUCACCACUCCUGGGGGGAUGCUGGAUGUGCCUUACUACCAACAACGGCGGGCCAGCGACCUGGGGGUGUCCGUGGAGACAGCUGCCGUGGAGACGAGCAGCGUUGGCAGUGUGAGGAGCAUUGCCGCCAUGUUAGAGAUGUCUUCUAUAGGGGGAGGAGCCAAAGGCAUGGCAUUGCAGAAGAACUUUUUGCAGGUGGGGAAAACACGCGAUGCCAUUGGUCUGGAUGGUGAGGUGGUAAACCGUCGACGAACCAUCAGCGGCCCCGUCAGUGAGCUUGUGGCUGCUGCAAGGCGCGACCAGCCAACUCCUUUGACUUUCCCCUCUCCCUCCACCCAGCCUGAAUCCUCCCCUCCUCCUGUUAAUUCCUCCUCACCCCAACCUCCAUCCUCACCCCACCCCAGCUCAGGAGGUAGUGGCAGCUCUUCAGAGAAUCUGCCUUUUGCAGAGGAGGGAAGUCUGACCAUCCGCCGCCAAGGUCGAGGAGAAGGAGAAGGACAGUGUGUAUUUUGUGUAUGUCUGCAGGGUGACGGCGAGGGUCACCAGGGAGACAGCAGCUACGCCCAGGAGGACAUCUCCAAUGCUGAAGCCACGGCGACCUUAAAACGACGACCCCGCAGUUCCAAGCCCCACACCAACGGCUCUGACUUCACCCUUCAAGAGUCAUCCACCGUCAAGCGACGACCCAAGAGCCGUGACAAAGAGCCCGAGGGCUACGCAGAGCUGGCCACAGCCAACGGGGAGCCUGCGAACACCGGGCAGCCAAACACCACGCAGCCAGUUCCCUACCAGAACGGCACAGCCACAGUGAAACGCCGCCCAGUGUCUGAUGCUGGAGUGAUCGAGCAACCGCAACCUCAACCUCAACCUCAAACUCAACCACAAGUGACUGCUGCUCCUCGCAGGGACAGCUUGGACCAAGGAGCUCCAGUGGCAAAUGAAGGUGGUCCUGUGAGGAAACCAAAGCCUCCAGUCUCCCCAAAGCCUGUAGUGGCACAGAUAAAGAGACAGGGAGGACCUCAGACCCCACCGCAGCCUGUAUCCAACAAACGAGUACCCCUACCAGGUCCGGGGACACCUGGAAGUCCAGUGGAAGGAAAGAAGAUCCCUCCACCAGUUUCACCCAAACCAGCGCCACCACCCACAGCGCCCAAACCAGCCAAGCUCAUCCACUCUGUAACUGGCCCUGCACUGUCCACCCCAGCCUCUGCCCCGCCCAAGCAGCACUCUGCAGUGGCCCGACAGACCAGUUCACCGCCCUCCUUCCCCCCAUCUAACACUCCCAGCCCGCCGAACGCCAAACCGACGAGCCCUUCCUCCCAGAGUCCCCACACGCCACAGACACCCACCACACCACAGACACCUCAGACUCCUGCCACUCCCAGCCCAACCCCUCCGCCUGUCAAACCCCCACGAUCCUCCAUCGGGGGGUGUCAGUGGACAGCGGGAUGUCAGGGGGCGGGGUCACGGCGCCAGCCGCCACGACAACAGAGUUCGGAGUGGAUUCAUUGGUGCACCAGAAGUUGGAGGAAACAAGCGCUUCGCUGGCUGCUGCUCUGCAAGCCGUGGAGGAUAAAAUACUACGACAGGAAGACUCUGUGGCCGAGCAGAAGACCACAGUUAGCAUCCUUGACGACAUCGGCAGCAUGUUUGAUGACCUCGCCGACCAGCUUGACGCCAUGUUGGAGUAACUACAGAAACCAGCCGGUGCGUCUCCUUAGCAACACUGCAUCAGAAGUGACUCAGUUGGCACAACGGGCAACACGCCUCUCUAUCUCGCACCUUCUCCUCAUCCUUCUCUCUCUCAUCAUUCCCCUCCACCCCUCCCUGUCAUCCAUCCGUCGGUCUGUUGCUGCGCCAUCCCCUCCUCUUCCUCUCGUCUCCUGAUGAUAACGGAGCAGCACCGCAGGCCCGGACAGACUUGGCAAGAGAAGGAGAGAGCAAGAAAGAGGAAUAGAUAGAGAGACUAAAAGAGAAAUGUUGGUUGGGGAAAGGACCAAAGACAAGUGAUGGAGGAGAGAAAAUAGAAAAAACACACAAAUGACGAGAGAUGAAGAAAUGCAACAAAAAGGAGGAGACUGCAAUCAAAAUGUGAGUCUUUAAAGAACUCUUCUGCUCAAAGCGAGCAAAGAAACAAAACCAAUACAGAAUGAAAAACCAACUGUGUAAUGAAUCAUAGUAUGGUAUGUGUACAUUAUAAGCAUGGAGAGUUUAUAUCUACUGAAAAAGUCCUGCAUUAGCACAGUAAUAUAUAAUAUACUGAUAAAUAUCAAUCUUUAGCUCUUUGGUUUGAUGUCUUGGUUCUGUGUGGAAUGGUGACCUCUGGUGUUGUGAUGAUGUAAAUGACUUGAUGGAUUUUUUUUUGUUUUUGUUCUUUAUCCGUGACCAAAACGAGACUAUUCAGCUCCUGAGGUGUGUGUGUGUGUGUGUGUGUGUGUGUGUGUGUGUGCACGCGAGAGAGAGAAGGAGAGCAAUAGGAACAGGGUGGUAGAUGUAUGCAUGUGAGUGUUUCAGGAUCAGAUUGUGUUUCCUGUCCUGGCUGCAUCUCUGCCACAUCUUCGUCAUCACCCUGUACACACACACACACACACACACACACACACACACACACACACACACACACACACACACACA